GAAAAUAAAAUUUGUAAAUAUUUACAUCUAUUUUUUUUUGUAAUUACAUAGUAAAACAAAUGGAGGGAAUACGAAAUAGAACCAGAUUGAAAUCGACCAAUGUUGAAAAUAUACUAGUGGAUGAGAAAGAUGAGUCUAAGGUGACUUCCACUAAUCGUAUAGUGCUUUCAAUUCCUGUUUUGGUAUUAUUAAUAUUUGCAUUUCGCUUAUUUAAUUCAUUAACUAUAAAGACAUUUUUCCAGGCUGAUGAAUACUAUCAAUCACUUGAGCCAGCCCAUGCAUAUGUUUUUGGAUAUGGGUAUAUCACUUGGGAAUGGAAACAGCACUUACGAUCUUCGAUUCAUCCUUGGCUUUAUGUCAUUGGUUAUAAGAUAGUCUCAUUCUUCAGUGAUGAACCCGAUAUUAUCGCGUUGGCACCAAAAGUAAUUGGAGCUCUAUUAUCAACCGUUGGAGAAGUUGGACUAUAUAGACUAGCGUAUACAUAUACUACAGACGAAUCAUUAGCCAGAAUAACGCUUCUUUUGUCUCUUCUUAAUCCAUUCAAUUGGUAUAUAUUUACAAGAUCAUUUUCAAAUGGGUUUGAAACAGUAUUGAUUAUAUGGGCAUUAAAUUUUUGGUUAUGGAAUAAUCGAAUAAAUUUAAAAUAUGCCAGUAUAUCAUUCAUAUUGGCUCUUUUAAGUAUUGUUGUAAGACCAACAAAUGCAAUUCUAUGGGCAUAUUUGGGACUUUACUUUUUAAUCCACACUAAGGAAAAGUUUAGUUCAUUAUUCAAAUUGGGCUUAGUAUUUUUAAUAAGUUUAGUGGGAGUUUUAUCAUUAAGUACAUGGUUAGAUUAUUUGUUUUACGGAAUAUUAACUUUCCCAACCUAUAAUUUCAUAGAGUUCAAUGUGCUUCGUAAUCUUUCAAUAUUUUAUGGAGUUGCGCCAUGGCAUUUUUACAUAUUUCAAACAAUUCCUUUAUUAUUAAUGACAUAUUUACCGUUUUGGUUGCAUUCGGAGUUAUGCCUCCAUCAUUAUAAGGAUAUUCUUACUCAAAUUAUUAUUGUUGUUACGACUGGGUUUUCAAUUAUUGGCCAUAAGGAGUUUAGAUUCAUAUAUCCUUUGCAGCCAAUAUUUUUAAUAAUAACAUCGUAUUCAAUUAAAGAUAUAUUGGACAAAUUUUCAUCUAGAACCAUAGUUAAAAUAAUAAUUUCAAUUAUUAUAGUCAUAAAUGUUGCAAUUGCAAUUUUUUUCAGUCAAGUACAUGAAAGAGGGUCAAUAGAUGUCAUUAAUUAUUUAAAGAAGGAAUUAACCGAGGGUGAUAAAAUAGAAUCAAUUGGCUUUUUAACUCCUUGCCAUUCUACUCCUUGGCAGAGUUAUAUUCAUAAUGCCGAAUUAAAUAAUAAUUCUAACACAAAUAAUAUAUCAAAGCUAUGGUUUUUGACGUGUGAACCUCCUUUGCAUCUAAGCGAAUCAGCUACAUUAGAGGAUAUUCGUGCAUAUAGAGAUGAAUCAGAUCAAUUUUAUGAUGAUCGCUUACAAUUCUUACAUGACAAUUUUCCUACAGAUCAAAGGAAUCGUAUUGGUGAAUCCAAGUAUGAAUGGCCAAGUCGUUUAAUUGUGUUUGAACCAGAAGAGGAAUUUAUGAAUGACUUCCUUAAACCAUAUUCAUAUCAUCAAUGUAAACGAUUUUUCAAUAGUUAUUUCCAUUGGGAUGAUAGACGUAAGGGUGAUAUCAUUGUAUAUUGCAGAGACAAUGAUAAAUCAACAAUAUAACGACAAUUGAUUUUGACGUACGUUAUUACGGCUAAUUACAUAGAGAUUUUAAAUAAUAAUAGGUAAUCAAAUAUUUAC